AUGCUUGUUACGACUGAACAAAAUAAUUUUACUGGGCCGCUCAAGCAUGACUACACAGAAACUCCCUCGGACUUAUCCUCAGAACUCAACCAAGAGCCGAGAGCACCUGAUCCGUCUGUCUUCUCGCAUCCUAUGAAUACCAAGAAGCGCGAAGGGUACGGCUUCAGCUACUCAGAGCCCUUGUGGUACGACUCGGACGACUAUCCGGACACGGAGUGCGACUGGGACCCAGAUACUAAGGAGCAGACUACGCCAUGCGAGGCGCUGUUCGACCAGGACAGCUCCUUCGACGACAUCGUUGUGGUGCGAGAUGUCGGCUCUUUUCACAUAGCCAAGCCCCAGCGUACCCUCCAGUGCACAAAAGCCACAAGAGAAGACACAGUGCGAUUGAAACAGCGGGCGAAGAUGCUGUUCAGAUGGGAUGAAAGCGGUGACGUAUACUCCUCUCUGGUAGGUAGACUAGAACGGAUGGUAUAUAUUGACCUUGAAAAGAGAAUCAGCGGCCGGGAGAGUUCCAUACCAUCUGUCGUGCAGUGCGCAAGCCGCCUCAGAGACUUCCUGCAACGGAACAAAGAGGAGCGGGUAGAGACAGGCGAGAGCCGCCGCGCAGUGGAGCAUGAGAUCGAAUGGGCUUCGUGGCUUGUGGAGGCCAGUCGGACAGGCGUGAUGCACUUGAAAACCAGAGGGUGCACUUGCCUGCCGGACUGGGAGGAGGACUAG